AAUUACGAUGGCUCUGAGGGGUCACACUUCUGUCAUAACUUUUUUUUACUUCUGCACUUUUUUUGAAAAUACUUCUGCACUUUUUUUGAAAAUAUAUACUUCUGCAAUUUUUUUGAAAAUACUUCUGCACUUUUUUUUGAAAAUACUUCUGCACUUUUUUUUGAAAAUACUUCUGCACUUUUUUUGAAAAUACUUCUGCGCACCUUUUUUUAAAAUACUUCUGCAAUUUUACUUCUGCACAUUUUUUAAAAAAACUUUUAGGAAGGAACUUUAUUUAAAUAUGGCGGAUAUAAACAGAUCGUAAAAUGCAAAUAUUUUGGUGCAAUAUGUUAGCUAGGCCCCAGCCCGAAGAAAUUGUAGUUAUUAAAAUAAAGUUUACUUCAGUCCUCAAUGUUUUGGUCAAAAUAUUUUUUUUUAUAAUAUCUUUUGUUGCUUGUUAUUUUUUGGUAGGUUAAAGGUUAUAUAGACGCUAGCUAGCUAUUUGUGUGGACCUAAUGGGAUGGCUUUUUAUAAAAAUGUGAACAUAAGCAACGUUUAACUGUACUAAAAUUGGUGCCUUGGGCAAACUGUAUUAUUUUUUAUUUUUAGUGUAAAUCAAUGGACAAUAUUUUAAAGAAUACCAUUAGAACAGAAAUCAAAUCAUUUAUGGAUUCAGAAAAUACAAAUAAUGAAAGAAAAGAAGACAAAAAAGACAAGGGUCCACGAAAAACAGAACAAAGACUAGGACAACUGUUAUCCAAAAUUCGAGCAAAGUCAUCUGAAAGUGGAAGUUCACAAUAUUCUAGUCGACCCUCCAAAAAGUACAAAAAGUUACAACUUAAGUAUGAGAGAUAUGAUAACCUAAUUAACGAAUUCAAAGUGGUAAGGCUAAAAGAUGGAGGAGGCCCAAGAUUCGUUGACGUGGAACAAGAAACUCCUAUAUCAUUCCAAGAAAUAAAGGAACUAGCUAAAAACUUUUACUUUGAUGAUAACAACUGUAACAAUUUUUCAGAAAACGUUGCUGAAUGCACAAUUGAUCUUGUAGCAAUCACAGGUCAAAAUAUUGAUGAAGAUGAAGACAUGUGGGAAUACCUUAAGAGAAAAGGCCUUGUUAUUUCUAAAACAUUCUUUGUCUUAAGGUCAACAUAUGUAGAUUUAAGUGAGGACAAUUUACCUGCAGUUUUCAACAAUUUUAAUGAAUUUAAUGAGUCAAUGAAUGUUGAAAGUACACCCAAACGAAAAUUGUGCCAUACCUGCCACUGUACCUACACUGGAAUUGAAUGCUUCAUCUGCUUACAAAAUCAAGAGUACUUGGAAAGUCUUGAAAAGGACAAGGAAAAGACUGCAUUAGAACUGAACUUGACAACAGCUACAGAACUAAACGAUUGUUUUGACAACGAAAUGCCAAAUAGUUCAUUUGAAGGAAAUCCUAUUCCUGAUUUGCCAUCAGUUGCCGAAUUAAGGCAGAUCAGAUUAAAUCUAUUUACCACAGAUGUACCUGAAUGUUUAACUGCAGAAAAAGAAGUAAAAGUUAACAGACACAAUAUAAGAAAAGACUUGAUUAAAGCUUUCCAAGAUGAGAUCAAGGUGAAUGAGAAGAUCACUUACACUGUUAUUGAUUCCCAUGGGCUCUCAGAAAAUGGUGUAGGAUCAGGUGUAUCAAGAGAUGUAUAUUCAAUGUUUUGGAAAGACGUUGCAGAUAGCUAUUUAGUUGGUGCUGAUGAGCGUGUUCCCUUUGUUAGACAUGACCUCUAUGUAUCAGAAUGGGAGGCUAUUGGUAAAAUUCUUGUCAAAGGUUUUAUUGACACUGGAUACUUUCCAAUAGUUAUCAGUCGUUCAUUUAUGCAUUACUGCUUGUAUGGGGAAGUGAAUAAUCCUGAUGAUCUAAUAGAUGGGUUUUUAAGGUAUUUAUCUCAAAUGGAACGAACAGUUGUUCAAGAAGCACUUGCUUCUAAAAAAUCUGAUAUUUUUACCUCAGAAGAAUUUAUGGACAUUCUUGAUCAGUUUAAGUGUCGUACAUUGGUAACUUCUAGUAAUGUUAAUGAAGUGGUGAUUGAGCUUGCAAGACAAGAACUAUACCAGAAACCUCAUAUAAUGGCAACAUGCUGGAGAACUAAUUUCGCCCCUCUACUAACACACCUAUCAACUCCGGAAUCUCUUGUUGCCUUGUAUGAAAAGGUAGAACCAACGGCAAAAAAGCUUUUGGCAUUAAUUGUUUCGGACCCUGCUAACGAGAGUGAAAGAGAUGCACUUCAGUAUUUUAAAAGAUUUGUACGGGGACUGGAAAAUAUGGAGUUAAAGCGACUAUUGCAAUUUCUUACUGGUUCAGAACUGAUAAUAGUCAAUUCACUGCACAUAAUGUUUAAAAAAGAUGUAACUGAAUUCUCCAGAAGGCCAAUAGCACAUACAUGUGGGCCUAUGUUGGAAUUACCAUCAACUUACAACAAUUUUUGUGAGCUUAGAGAGGAAUUUACAAGUAUAUUGAAAAAAUCAACAUGGGAAAUAGACAUUGUAUGACU